UGCGAAUGUCAAGUCCGUGGGCCACAAACAAAGCAGCACACACACAAAACCGAUUUCGGGGAGCUCAGCAAACGAGAACGAGAAAAACUAAGCUAGAAAUAUGUUGACCAUGAUUAGGGGCAGCGCAAAGAAACUUCCUCACUGGCCACUGACCCAUAUACGCAGUUUUCCGACUUUGAUUAAAUCCUAUGCAGUUCCCAAGGAAAAAACGGAACAGAAAGCUGAAGACACACCAACCACUAUGAAGCUACCCUACUUCAUAAGCCCUAAGUGCGUUCAAAAUCAGGAUCAACUUGUUGAGGGACAGCGGAAAAUGUUCACCUACAACUAUCACCCCUUUUCGAUUUACGAUUUAAAUGAAGCUGCUCUUCGCGCCAAGCAAGCAUCAGCUGAGUACUCAAAACAAAUUGAUCAGUUGCAAAAGCGCAAGAUGGAAUAUGUAACCAAGUAAUGGAUUUCAUAAUUUACUUACUAGCAAAGCAAUUAAUAUUCAAAAUAUGAAUGUUAACAGAGAAUUACUCAAAUCAAAUUCAAAUGAAUAAACUCCCCGCAGCAACUAAA